UUGUUUUAUUUCUGUUCUGGGUAUGUUGGUCAUGUUGGUAGUCUCAAAGGAGGUUCGCGGGGAUCAAAUUAUGUAGUAUAUCGUGUAUCCUGUAUGUGUUUACAGUAGUAGUUACACUAUGGGCCACGUUUUUUGUCGAUUAGAAAUUAAUGAAUAGCUAGAUCGGAUUUGGUUGCACGUUCUUGGCGGGGGUUUGCUAGUUCAUAUUCUCGGUUAUUUUCUUUCUGUGUGGGUGAAUUACUAUGAAUGGAGGAUAAAUGUUGCCGAAGGCUGACAGCAGCAGUUUCGUCCUUGUCUUGUCUCUCCUGUUUGUUCUGACUCUGACGGAUCCACCACGGACAGGCCCUCGACUAGCGUUGGCCAGGCUACUGUCAGAGCAGCGCUGUGGCCCGGGCCAGUUUGCGUGUCGCAGUGGGAAGGUGCAGUGUAUCCCGCUGGCCUGGCAGUGUGAUGGCUGGAAUGCCUGUGAUGACAAGAGCGAUGAGAUGGACUGCCCUCACAUAAAGGAGGAGCGGUAUCGCUACGGCAACGGCUACGACCAGGUGGAAGAUGUGAUGGGUGUGGCCCAGCCCGUGCGCUUCAACAAGAAGUGUCCGACGGGCUGGCACCACUACGAGAGGACGGCCAGCUGCUACAAGGUGUACCUGCGCAGCGAGAACUACUGGCAGGCCGUGGACACCUGUCAGAAGGUCAACGGCUCGCUGGCCACCUUCGUCACCAACGAGGAGCUGCAGUUCAUCCUGAAGAUCGAGGAGGACUUCGACGAGAAGGUCUGCGAGCGGAAGGACCAGUGCAAGUUCUGGGUGGGCUACCAGUAUGUGGUCACGUAUCAGAACCACUCGUUUGAGGGACGCUGGGAGGUGGCCUACAAAGGGCCGAUGGAGGUGAUCCUGCCGCCGGAGGGUCUGACGAGCCUGCUGCGUGAGGCGGCGCCGCCCCAGGACAACGUCUUCUGCGGCCAGCUGCAGCGCUUCCAGAUGCGCAGCAUGAACGAGCACGGCCUGCACAGCUGGCACGCCGAGAACUGCUACAAGAAGUUCCCCUUCCUCUGCAAGAGGAGACAGACGUGCGUGGACAUCAAGGACCAGGUGGUGAACGAGGGCUACUACUUCACGCCCAAGGGGGACGACCCGUGCCUCAGCUGCACCUGCCACGACGGCGAGCCCGAGAUGUGUGUGGCCGCGCUGUGUGAGCGCCCGCAGGGAUGCCAGCACUUCCGCAAGGACCCCAAGGAGUGCUGCAAGUUCACCUGCCUGGACCCAGAUGGCAGUAGUCUGUUUGACUCCAUGGCCAGUGGCAUGCGUCUGAUCGUCAGCUGCAUCUCCUCCUUCCUCAUCCUCUCUCUGCUCCUCUUCAUGGUCCACCGGCUCCGACAGAGGCGCCGCGAACGCAUCGAGACCCUCAUCGGGGGCAACCUCCAUCACUUCAACCUGGGUCGGCGAGUGCCGGGUUUCGACUACGGGCCGGAUGCGUUCGGGACGGGCCUGACUCCUCUCCACCUAUCAGACGACGGGGAGGGCGGGGCCUUCCACUUCCAGGAGCCGCCUCCUCCCUACGCCGCCUAUAAGUACCCCGACAUCCAGCACCCCGACGACCCCCCGCCCCCCUACGAGGCCUCCAUCAACCCCGACAGCCUCCUCUACGUGGACCUGGCGAGGAACGGUAUGCCGGUGAGCAUGGGUCAUAUGAGCAUGGUGGAUGCGGUCGGUGCAGGUGAGGGUUCGCUACCUCCCCCCCUCCCUCCUCCCCCCGCUCCUCAGGAGCGCGAAGACUCUAUCGACAGCAGCACCUUCCUGGUGGCCCCCGACACCCCCACCGACAGCAGGGGCCCCGCGGGGGGGGCCCAGGACUCCACAGACUGCAGCAGCGCCCCCUCUCUCAGCACAGUGGUAUAGACCUGCAGCGGGACAGAGAGAGAGAGAGAGAGAGAUGAACAGACCAAGAGAGAGAGAGAGAGAGAGAGAGGAGGGAGAGAGAGAAUGGGGAUGGAGGAGGAGGAGGAGGAGGAGGAGGUGGUGGUGAAGAUACUUUGGUGACAUGAGAUCAAAAGGAAGAUGAGAAGCUCGGCGCUCUUUUCAUCCAAGAGAGGAGAGAAGGCGGCAUUGUUGUGGGAAGAUGAGCAAAGAGACUAAAGAUCGUGGAGACACUAAAGAGAAAGAAACGAGACCCGACGGAGCAGCAGAGAAGACGCUCUUCACUCUGUGUAGCGCGCGCGCGUGUGUGUGUGUGUGUGUGUGUGUGCGUGCGUAUGUGUGUGUACGCGGCGUGGACGGGCGCGUUUCUGUACAGAAGUGGGAUCCCGUGAGAUUUCACCGAGAUCACGAGGACACUACCGAGGCUGACCGCUGGGUUUUGCUUUGUGGUGAUCUUGUUUUGUUUUGUUUUGUUUUCGAAAGCAGACGCAGCAGCUCGAACGUCUCGUUCGGUCGCGUUCGGUCCCCUCAGCGUCCUCCUGCGCGAGCGCUCCUGUAAAUACAGACCCCCCCCCCCCCCCCCCCCGAACCCCCCCGGCCUCUCGCAGGCCUUCUGCGGCUCAACCCUGUUUUGGUUUUUCAAUGUUUUUUGUUGUUGUCGUUGUUGUUGUUGUUGUUGUUGUUUUUGUUUUGUUUUUCCGAUAUCUCCUCCCCGUCCCAUAAUCCUACACCUGUUGCCCACGGAGACCGGAUGGGCACACUCGCAUCACGAGGACAUGCAGGUAGUCACGGCAACGUAGGCCACAGAACCAGAUGGACGGACGGACGGACUGUUGCUGCGGCAGACGUGACCUUUUGACCUACGACCUUUUGAGUGGUGCUGAGGUCAGCAGGCCGCGGUGGGGAUGGCGGGUACUUGGGGUCACGGAGGGUCGCGUGUGCCGCAGCACGGGAGGUGCCCAUUGGCCGACCGCAACGGUACGGACGACACCAGACAGACCGCCCUCCGCUGCCGGUGUCCCCGAGACUUCCUGUCCGGGUCGUCUCUCUUUCCUGUUUUUGUUUCUGUUGUCUCUUGUUUCUUCCAGACUCUCUUGUGGUACUAUAAGCACACUCUAUGGUGAGUGAGUAUGUGGGCGUGUGCGCGCGUGUGUGUGUGAAUGUGAGUGUGUGUGUAUCUGCUGAUGAUGGUGAUGAUCAUGAUCAUGUCUCUUGGAACUCUGCCUCAGGACACACACACACACACGCACACACACUUAUACUCACUACAGUAAUAAAACUCAGUACAGUGGAGACUCCAUUGAUCCAGCCAAUAGGAUCUGUGCAGUGCGAAGCGGCUUGUGUGAUUGGCUGGCCCUGACGAGCUGUAUUGGGUGUGUGGUAACAGCAGCAUCAUCGGGUGGAAGUGUUGCCAUCAGCUCACACUGUUAACCAUGUAGGAAGGUGUGUGAGUGAGCGAGCCUGUGUGUUGGUGUGCGUUUGGUUGCCAUCGCUUAUGUUGUUGUUGUUGUUUACUUUUGUUGUUUUGUUUUCAACUGUACUUCAUCAAACGUAUGACAUGCAGACAAUGACCUCUUCACUAGUCUUCUGCUUUUGACUGUUUGUAUGUGACACAGCAUGUGUAGCCAACAUGAGAAGGCUAUUGACUCUAUUUUUUUCCCCUCAGUAUUUUGCACAUGACUCUUUCUGCUAUGCUGUUGAUUUGUUUUGACUCAUUAGCCCUGUAGGCGAACAUUAAAGACUCCAUGGGAAAGGAUAGGUUCAGAGGUCAAAGUUCAGAGGUCAAAGUUCGGAGGUCAGGGCCUCUUUAACACCAUAGGUUCAGGACUUUUGUGAUAGUCUGAUGAUACGUCUGCAUGUUUGUUCAUUUAAACUGGUUGACUGAUGGAAUCCCAUCCGUCGGUAGGUCCAUCUGAGUUGUUUGCCCCAAAUGCUAGAGAGCAGUAGCCUGGCUAACGCCUCCCACUUCUCAAAUGAGACGUGGUCUGGCAACCAGACGUUCAUUUUCUCGUAUUUGAAAAAAUGCCCAGAUCCGUUCAUUGGGCGCCACGGAUGUCAAUCAAAUGCGUCUCUGCAUAGCUCUUCAUGGUCUUGCUUUCUCACCUGUUCUGUGAUUGGCCACCAACAUCAGGCGAAAAUGGGGGCGUUAGUUUCCAGACUGCCUUAGCAGCGUGAAAGAAUUCACCGCGCAAGGCAGUAUGGGAAACCCAGGCUAAGAGAGCAGUAGAGUAGAGAUGCCCAAAGUUUCGUGAGGCAGGCCGUGUAAUUAACGUUACGCUAGCGUUACACCAAUGUUAGACUAACGUUACACGGCCCUAGAAUUGGACAUGACAAUCAUUUCAGGUUCAUAGAACAGACGACUGGCCUUCCAUCAGUAAGGUAGGGGGGAAGACUCUUAGUUUGGUUGGGGUGUUUUUAUUUAUUUAUUUGAGUUAACUGUAGAGUGUCAUGCUGGGGGAGCUGACAGGUGAGCUGAGCAUCUACACAGGCAGAGAGAGAGAGAGAGAGUGUGUCUUCUGGUGUCGAGCUAAUGACUGCAGACGCACACACAGAUCUAAGGAGGUAGCACAUACAUGAACGCUGGGCGAUGGUUUUCCAUUGAACCACCAUUAAACAAUUUGGAAUGUUUAUACAAGUAUGUUGAGAUGUUACAGUUCAAAGAAAACAUGUUUGCCUUGAACGCCUGCCUCUGAUCUAAAGAUUUGAAGUGAGUGUGUGUGUGUGUGUGUGUUGGAUGGUGAGACGAGGCUAAUGCAGUGUCUGCAGACACACAAGCUUUGUAGGAUAUUUAGCGUAACUGGAGCGCCAGCGCUGCCCUGUUGUCUUUGAUGAACUGUCCGCAACGCUCUCACGGCAUCGACGUCACACAGUAUAGGAAAUGUCUGACUCUUCAGUUUCUUUCCUUUUAUUUGCGUCGCCACAGACAAUCCUCUGUGGUGCACCAGUGAACUCUAAUGUUAAAAAAGAGAGAUUUCUGUGUGUAUGUAAAGAGGUAGGAAUUCAAGGCAAAUGUGUUAAUGAUUUGAGUGUGUGAACAUGUGUUUGUUUUUAUUUGUUUUGUUUUUUUUUGUUGUUGUUGAUGAUUUUUGUUUUUGUUUUUUGUUUUUGCUUUUUCUUUCCCUUCCCCCUGGUUUGGACCUGAGGUGCAUGUUGUAGUGUUUUUGGGCAUGCUCAGAUCGUCUCUGUUUGUUUGUUUGUUUGUUGGUUGGUUGGUUGGUUGGUUUGUUUUUAUUGUUUUUUUGUUUUUUUUUAUAACCCACUCCCUGCUGAAGCUCACGUCUUUCUGGGCUUCCCGCCCUCAGGCUCCUGGAGACCCACCCCCCCGCCAACAACCAGUGUUGCCAGAUUGGGCGGGUGCCCAAAAAUUGGGCUUCUUUUUACAUCGUUCGGCGGGGGAAAAUAAGCUGUAGGCGGGUAAAUAACAUUUUGAGUUCAAUGGUUCUCUAUGUGAUAAACGUCAUCGGGCGUUUUUUUGCUUAAGACGGCAGGGUGAUUGGGCGGAAAUCAGUCAACCCAAUCUGGCAACACUGCCACAACCCCCAGCCCACGCAGGCUCGGCUCUGGACUGGGUCGCAGUUGGACCUGUUCUAGAUUGGGUCAGAGUCGAAGGUCAAAGGGCCGGAUCCGAACCGGAUCAGGGCCAGUACAAGCCAGAGGUGUGUUGAGAUGUUGCCGACGGCCCCGUUGCUUGCCAUAUUUGUUAACAGUUUAAAGCCAAUAAUUUGAGAAAAGUUCACUCAGAAAAAGUUACAAGAAAACACCUUUGCCAGAAACAAACACACAUUCACCUCUUUGCCAAACUUGAACGUGUCUCUGGCGUUCAACUCCACAGACCAUUGAUCUCGCUUCAUACGAUACACAACCCCAGAUCCGGAUAGGGGCUGUAUUGGCUCAGACCUGAGACCUAAAACCAGGUGUGUGUUCAGACUUGGCAAACCGAGUUGGACGUUUGUGGCCCCCCAGUCUGGCUCAAGGCUGAGUUGGUUCUAGUCUGAGUCCAGACCUAGUCCAGAACCUGCCACUAACUGGGCCCAAAUUAUGCCCCCUUUGGCUGCAUCUUCAAAGACUAUGAGUAGUUGAUUUUUCAUUUCAUUUGUUACGGAUUUCAGACUGUGGUGGUGCAACAAGAUUUUGAGGGGGGGAAAUGUAUUUUGAAAAAAAAAUGUUUUAAUGUAGAAUGCAAGCAGUCGAUGACUUUUAAAUGUUGAUUUUACUUUAGGCUUUAUAUUUUUUAAAAGUAGAUUUUUUUUUUAUUAUUCUUUUUAUUUUGCAGGGGGCCUUUUUAAGUUUUAUUUUGACGUAGAUGUACAUCUAAUCAAAUGCCAAAUAAAUUGUAUCAUAAAGAA